AUGGACCUCCGUUCAAUAGGAUUCGCAAGGGAUGAGAGCGCGUGGGACGGGCGUCAACACCCGAAGAACCUCGUCUUCGAGGGUGGUUUGGACGAUAUGACGGACGGAUACGUCGCGGAAGAAGAAGAGUUCGAGCCUGAGCGUCUCCGCGGUGAUUCUGUGCAGGAAGACGUUCGUUCAGAAGCCCAAGACAAGAACGACGCGAGACACGAAAGCGCGCGCUGUACACGCCGGUAUGGGUAUGCGCAACUCCGCGCAUCUGUGCGCAAGCCGGCGACUCCAACGCCGAUGGGCGGAAGUGAACUUGGCGGAGAUCAAUAG